AUGAAGCGAUUUCAACGUGACGAUACGAUGGCACUGCCAGAAGACAGUGCGUUACUUAGCAAAAGAUUAUUAAAACCAAGUGCCGACGAAAAUCUUCAGUUAUUACCACGUCAAUGUACUGAAGAAAACGACGAAGAAGGAGUUGCAGACGGUGCAUCACAAAGUUCAUCACACGCUGCAAUUCCGCAAUCAUCUGUAUUUGAACUGAUUAGAGUCAAAUUAACUAUUCUGAUUGAUAAUGAUAAAAUAAGUCUACGUCAAAUAUGUUUUAUUUGGGCAUCAUUUGGUGGUUUAUUAUUAAUUUCAUCAUUUCUUUUUCUCGAUUGGAAAUUUACUUUUUUGAAUUUAUCAUAUCAAUUCGAUAGAAAACAAGAUAAAAUAACAACGAGGAAUCCAGAAUCAUCAGAAAUCAUCAAUAAUGGAAAGAAAUGGUACAAACGAAUUUAUAAACGUUUAGGAAGUUGGGAAUACUUAAGUAGUCCACUAUACAUCAUGAUUGUUCUUUUUCUAUCGACUUUAUUUAUUACAACUGAUUUAUUAGCUAUCACUUGGUAUCCUAUGAAUUAUGAUCUGUAUAAUCAUGAUGCAUCAUUAGGUUUUGCUCAACCUGGUCAAGAUCAUUUAAUUUUUAUUCAUACUGUAUUUACAGCAUUUUCUGGUAGUUGUACUAUGGUAACAACAUAUGCAUCAAGUGCUUAUUUUUCCAAAUCACGAGCUUUCAUAUCAACAAUAUUUACAGGUGCUGGAAUCAUUUCAGGAAUAUGGUUUACAAUAUUCCAAAUUCUGAUUGAUAAUAAUAAAAUAAGCCUACGUCAAAUAUGUUUUAUUUGGGCGUCAUUUGGUGUUUUAUUAUUAAUUUCAUCAUUUCUUUUUCUCGACUGGAAAUUUCCUUUUUUGAAUUUAUCAUAUCAAUUCGAUACAAAACAAGAUGAAAUAACAAUGAGGAAUCCAGAAUCAUCAGAAACCACCAAUAAUGAAAAGAAAUGGUACAAACGAAUUUAUAAACGCUUAGGAAUUUGGAAAUAUUUAACUAGUCCACUAUACAUCAUGAUUGUUCUUUUUCUAUCGACUUUAUUUAUUACAACUGAUUUAUUAGCUAUCACUUGGUAUCCUAUGAAUUAUGAUCUGUAUAAUCAUGAUGCAUCAUUAGCUACAAAAUAUACAAAUGCAUUCAAUUUUUCAAUUCUAUCAGGCAUUUUUAUAUGCCCAGCUGCUGGAUAUUUUCUCGGUUUUCGAGCACAUCAAAAUCGAAAACAAAAGAUUUUAAAUAUAUUAAUCUUACAAAUACUAACAUGGUUAUUAUGUAUUAUAAUAUGUCUUAUUUGCAUAUUUAUUAGUACAAAAUCAAUAAUUCCUCUUAUAAUUCUUAGUUGUUUUAUCAGGUCAAUUUUAUCAGGUGGACCUCAAGCAAUUGUAGUUACAUAUUUUCCAACAAGAUACAUCGGUACAUUAACUGGUAUUAUGUGGACAAUGGUUGGUGUUUUGACAUUUGUUCAAUAUGGUCUUGUUCCUUUGACGACAGAUAUAACAAAGCUAUGGAGAGUAAUGUUCACCAAAGUAUUUUUAGCAGCAUGUCCUUUGAGUUAUACGAAGCAAUUCAGUCCUGUAUUUCUAUUCGUUUGUUUAGCUACAAAAUAUACAAAUGCAUUCAAUUUUUCAAUUCUAUCAGGAAUUUUUAUAUGUCCAGCUGCUGGCUAUUUUCUCGACUUUCGAGCACAUCAAAAUCGAAAACAAAAGAUUUUAAAUAUAUUAAUCUUACAAAUACUAACAUGGUUAUUAUGUAUUAUAAUAUGUCUUGUUUGCAUGUUUAUCAGUACAAAAUCAAUAAUCCCUCUUAUAAUUCUUAGUUGUUUUACCAGGUCAAUUUUAUCAAGUGGACCUCAAGCAAUUGUAGUUACAUAUUUUCCAACAAGAUACAUCGGUACAUUAACUGGUAUUAUGUGGACAAUGGUUGGUGUUUUGACAUUUGUUCAAUAUGGUCUUGUUCCUUUGACGACAGAUAUAUCAAAGCUAUGGAGAGCAUGGCUAAUUGUGUUAAUCUUGGUAUUAAUAGUGAUUAUUCAUUUAUUUCAAAUAUUACGACUUUAUAUUGAAGAAAAAAGAAAUACUCAAGCAGAUAAAGAGAAAGUUGAUGAAAAAGAAAAGAACAUUGAACAGUCUUUCAAUGAAAUAAUUAUUACGCGAUUAUGA